UCUAAAAAUUCUAAAUUUAUAUAUAGAUAGCUCUUUAGAAAAUGAACUUGAAGUGGAAAAUAAUCAACAAUCAAUACCUACUAUACCUCUUAUGAAGGUUAUUUCAGCUAAACAAAGUGUUGAAGCUGG